GAAACUGCCAGUUGGAAUGGGGAAAUUGAUUAACUUGAGGUACCUUAGCUUGAUAUAUUGCUCUGGAAUAACAAAUUUGCCUGAAGCAGUGUGCGAAUUGUCUAAUCUACAUUCUUUGAAUCUUCUAUGCUGCGAUAGUCUUGAGAAACUGCCAGCUGGAAUCGGGAAAUUGAUUAAUUUGAGGUACCUUCGUACUGAGGGUUGUCAUCAACUGACUUACCACCCAAAAGGGAUUAGUAAUUUAACUUCUCUCACGAGAUUAAGUAAUAUCAGAAUGAGAGCAGAUUGUAAUGAUGCUGAUCAAUUCAGUAUUGGAGAUCUAGAAAACUUGGACCUCCUUGGUGGAAAUAUUUGUGUUGAGCUGAUAGGGAAUGCAAUAAAUUGGGAUGAGGCUAAGAGGGCCGAGCUUCACAACAAGAUACAUCUCAAGCAAAUGGAAAUUUGGAUCUGCUCUCCGCAUAUAAAGGAAGAUGAGGUACUUCAAGCUUUAAACCCACCAUCCAACUUGCAUGUGAAACUCGUCGAUUAUGAGAGUUGGUUGACAAUGAAGGAACGUAAUGAUGCUACUGCUGAUAGGCUCAAAAAGGCUCGUGAAUCAGUGAGAGCUAUAUUAUCUGCAAGGAUAGAACAACGUUUGGCAGAAAGUAGGGAGAAUACUUCUGAUUGAAAGAAACAAGAAGCCAGGGAUAUUGUAGACAGAGUGAGCUGAUACCUUGAUGGUCAAAAAAUGGAACCAACUGUUCUAGAUGGCAAGAAGAAAAAAAAAUGUUAAUCUAUGUGUUUUGUACUUGAAAUUAAAAAAAAAAAUUUCUGUGUAAUUGCUCAAAAUCUGUAAGACUUUGUGUGCUGCUACAACUUUUGGUUAUGUUUGGAUUUGUUUCUUUUUAAACGGUUUAUUCUGCAGUUUGUUCACUUAUAUCUUUAUUGUGUGAUUUAAAUAAAGACUACUAAAUUAUUCAUGCCUAUGCUGCAACGUCUAGAAAGGGAGUUCUUGAUGCAUUUCAUUCAUCAAGAAAGCUGCUACACAAUGGCUGGAAAAUAAUGUAAACAAGCUACAUAUUUAUAUUUGGCAUCGAUACCAUUCGAGUCAGAAAGCAGCUGAGGUGGAGAAAACCAACAAGCACGAAAUCCUGAUGCUAACUAUACUGCAAAAACAAUGACUCAAUCCUGAUGCUAACAAUACUUGUAAUUCCUGAAAAUGUAAUGACACAAUAAGAGUCAAUCACAAUGGCAGGCCAAACUCUUUAAGAUAUUUUAUACUUUUCACUAGAGUGGUGAAG